AUCCAGGUCCUGAGGGAGUCUAACAAAUUAGCAGAAAUGGAAGAACCGCCCUUGCUUCCAGGAGAAAAUAUUAAAGACAUGGCCAAAGAUGUAACUUAUAUAUGUCCAUUCACUGUUCCUGUACGAGGAACUCUGACUGUCACGAAUUACAGGUUAUAUUUCAAAAGCAUGGAACAGGAUCCCCCAUUUGUUUUAGAUGCUUCUCUUGGUGUGAUAAGUAGAGUGGAAAAAAUUGGUGGUGCUUCUAGUCGAGGUGAAAAUUCUUAUGGAUUAGAAACUGUGUGCAAGGAUAUUCGAAAUUUACGGUUUGCUCAUAAACCUGAGGGGCGAACGAGAAGAUCCAUAUUUGAGAAUCUAAUGAAAUAUGCAUUUCCUGUCUCUAAUAAUCUGCCUCUUUUUGCUUUUGAAUACAAAGAAGUAUUCCCUGAAAAUGGAUGGAAACUAUAUGACCCUCUUUUAGAAUAUAGAAGGCAGGGAAUUCCAAAUGAAAGCUGGAGAAUAACAAAGAUAAAUGAACGCUAUGAUCUUUGUGAUACAUACCCUGCCCUCUUGGUUGUGCCAGCAAGUAUUCCUGAUGAAGAAUUAAAGAGGGUGGCAUCCUUCAGAUCAAGGGGCCGAAUCCCAGUUUUAUCCUGGAUUCAUCCUGAAAGUCAGGCCACAAUCACUCGAUGCAGCCAGCCCAUGGUAGGAGUGAGUGGGAAGCGAAGUAAAGAAGAUGAGAAAUACCUUCAAGCCAUCAUGGACUCUAAUGCCCAAUCUCAUAAAAUCUUUAUAUUCGAUGCCCGGCCAAGUGUUAAUGCUGUUGCCAAUAAGGCAAAAGGUGGAGGUUAUGAAAGUGAAGAUGCCUAUCAAAAUACAGAAUUAGUUUUUCUAGAUAUCCACAAUAUUCACGUUAUGAGAGAAUCCUUGCGAAAACUAAAGGAGAUCGUGUACCCCAACAUCGAGGAGACCCACUGGCUGUCUAACUUGGAAUCGACUCACUGGCUAGAGCAUAUUAAGCUUAUUCUUGCCGGAGCUCUCCGGAUUGCUGACAGGGUGGAAUCAGGAAAGACGUCGGUGGUGGUGCACUGCAGCGAUGGCUGGGACCGCACCGCCCAGCUGACGUCCCUGGCCAUGCUCAUGCUGGACGGGUACUACCGAACCAUCCGCGGAUUCGAAGUCCUCGUGGAGAAAGAAUGGCUGAGCUUUGGACAUCGAUUUCAGCUUAGACUUGGGCAUGGAGAUAAGAAUCAUGCAGAUGCAGAUAGAUCGCCUGUUUUUCUUCAGUUCAUCGACUGUGUCUGGCAAAUGACAAGACAGUUUCCUACAGCAUUUGAAUUCAAUGAAUAUUUUCUCAUUACCAUUUUGGACCACCUGUAUAGCUGUUUAUUCGGAACAUUCCUUUGUAACAGUGAACAGCAGAGAGUAAAAGAGAACCUUCCUAAAAGGACAGUGUCACUGUGGUCCUACAUAAACAGCCAGCUGGAAGACUUCACUAAUCCUCUCUAUGGGAGCUACUCCAAUCACGUCCUUUAUCCAGUAGCCAGCAUGCGCCACCUAGAGCUCUGGGUGGGAUAUUAUGUGAGGUGGAAUCCAUGUAUGAAACCACAGGAGCCCAUUCACAAUAGAUACAAAGAACUUCUUGCUAAACGAGCAGAACUUCAGAAAAAAGUAGAGGAACUACAGAGAGAGAUCUCCAACCGAUCAACCUCAUCCUCAGAGAGAGCCAAUUCUCCUGCACAGUGUGUCACUCCUGUCCAGACAGUGGUGUGAAAGGACCGUUAGCCGGGGCCAUCACAACCACAAACUCCUGAUUACAAAUGGCAGCUCUGAGUAAAGUCUCCUGAACUUAGAACCCAUCUAUGAGAGAAAGUCAGUCCUUUAUUUAUUGAAAUCUGAGUUCAGAACUGUAGCAGUGCAGGGGGCUUAAGUGGAAUAACCACAUAUAUAACUACAUGAUCAUAACACUAAUAUUAAGUUACCCAAAGAAUAUUAAAAUGCUUCAAUCCUAAAUCUACAGUAGGAAUAAGUUUGAUUUUAAAAGGAAAAUGCUCUUAUAAAUUUUGGUGUCUGGUAAAAUCAAAAUACAAACCACUUCAAAAAUAUAACUCUUGAUGGAAGAGAGCUCAUUGCACAGAGGAGAGGAGGAGCAUCACUUUUCAAACCAACACUGACGUUCCACGGCAUUAUAUACACUGUAACCCAUGACAGAUCAAGUCUGACACACCUUUCCCCAUCCUGCGUUUUCUUUUUAUUUUUGCGUGUAAUUGAUCUACUUUGGUCACCCACAUUCUUCAUACAUGAUAAGGCAAAGUCUUGAAGAUAUUAUAGUGUAGUUGAAAAUUUUGUGGUCAUUAUUUAUGUACUUAUUUAAGAUGCAUUAUUGAGUAGCUGUCCAGGAUUUCAAAGAAUUCCACAUUCUUCAGAUUAGUUUCCACUUGACCAAUUACUAGAAAUAACAUUUAAAAGCUCAUUAUCUACCCUACUUUAGAUUUCUUUUGGUGUAUCUGAGCACAGAAUUGCUAAAUUUUGAGGCAAUAUUUUAAAGUUUACAAGGAUUUUUUUCUGAAAUCUAUAAAUUGCUUAUGAUAAGCAUUAUGCUCAAAUUUUACAUGAAAUAUUUUACUACUGUCCUUUGUAAAGUCUGUACUUCCACUGAAUGAUAAAGUCUACCAAAGAACUUACUGCAUGUAAAAAUGUAUUACAAUCUGAAAGCCAGAAAAAGAACUCCCGCUUCACUGCACCUGCUGCAGCAGGAGUUCAGUACUGGUAUAAACGUGGACUCCUUGAUGCCUGUGUUACUCUAUAAGAGCCAUAGGUUAUGUACUGUAACAAAGGAGCUUCUUGGCCCUUGGGUCUUUAAAUAAAAGCAAAUUUCAACUGACUU